GUUUGCUCUUUGCGCAGCAGCCCGCCCGCCUGAGCUCUGCCCCACAUUUGCUGCUGCGUCAGAGCUGGGCUAGACAUGUAACCUUGUGCGUGGGUGCGUGUAUGUGUAUGUGUGCGUGUUUGCGUGCGUGCGUGUGUAUGUGUGUGCGCGCACGCUUUAGGGGGGGCUCUCCCGAAAAACAUGGACUUCAAAUCCGAGCUGCUCAAGUCCAUCUGGUACGCCUUCACCUCAUUGGACGUGGAGAAGUGUGGAAAAGUGUCCAAAUCCCAGCUGAAGGUGCUUUCCCACAACCUGUACACAGUGUUGAACAUCCCCCACGACCCCGUGGCCCUGGAGGAGCACUUCCAGGACGACGACGAUGGGCCCGUGUCCAAUCACGGCUACAUGCCCUACCUCAAUAAGUACAUCCUGGAUAAGGUGAAAGAGGGGAUGUUCGACAAGGAGAAGUUUGACGACCUGUGCUGGAUGAUGACCAGGAAGAAGAACUACCAGGGGCCACCAGAGGGGGCGCUGCUCUCAGAGAGGAACCGCUUCAAGCUCUUUUGUUUGUUCAACCUUCUCUCCGAGGACCGCUACCCGCUGGUGAUGAUCCCGGACGAGGUGGAGUACCUGCUGAAGAAAAUAAGCACGGCCAUGAGCCAAGAGUGGGACGGGAAGCCGCUGGAGGACUUCACGUCCCAGAACGCCGCCGUGUACGAGGAGGGCUUGUCCGUGUGGAGCUUCCUGGGGCACAUGGACGCCGGACGGCUGCUGCGGGUCACCAGCGCCGAGGCCUUCAGUCUGGCCUUGGAUGAGGUCUUCCUGGAGAUGUACCACAACGUCCUGAAGAGGGGGUACAUGUGGAAAAAGGGACACGUGCGGCGGAACUGGACGGAGCGCUGGUUCGUGCUGAAGCCGUCGUCCAUGGCCUACUACGUCGGCGAGGACCUGAAGGACAAGAAGGGCGAGAUCCAGCUGGACAAGACCUGCGUCAUUGAGCCCAUUCCGGACAGGGAGGGAAAGCGUUGUUUGUUCUGUGUAAAAACUCACAACAAAACCUACGAGAUGAGCGCCUCGGACCAGAGGCAGAAGGUGGAGUGGACCCAAGCGGUCCAGACGGCCCUGCGCCUCCAGAGCGAGGGCAAGUCGUCGCUCCACCGGGAGCUCAAGGCCAAGAGGCGGGUCCAGCGGGAGCACAGCCAACGGGAGCGCAGCUGCAGCGCCCGGAGCAGCUGCAGCAGCCAAUCGGAGGACUCCAACAUGCAGGAGAUGGAGAGGAUGGAGCGGGAGAAGGACCGGCAGGAUCUGGAGAUCGAGAGCAUCAUACAGCACGCACGCGAACUGGAGGCCCGGCGGAGGGAGGCGGAGGAGAGGGAGAGGAGGAAGCAGAGGGAGGUGCAGAUGGAGUUGGAGAGACAACUCCAAGAGGCCCACAUGAUGAGAGAGAGCAUGAGGGCGGAGAUGCAGGAGCGAGCCAAGGAGGCCGAGCAGCAGCGACAAAGAAUCCAAGAGCUGGAAGUGACCCAGAGGAAACUGGAGGCCGCUCUCAACAUGGAGAUCCAGGCGCGACUGGAGGAGGAGCGGGCGCGGCAGGAGCUGGAGAGGCUGCUUCAAGCGGAGGAGGAGAAGAAGCAGCAGUUCCAGCUCCUCCAAGAGCAGCAGAAGGUCCUGCGGAGCCUCAGCCCCGUGGAGGACGGCCUCCCUGAUGACCACACGGACCACGACACCCCCUCCGCUCUUCACUCGGCCUCCCGGGAGCUCCAGGAUCUGCGGGCGUCCCGUCAGAGGAGCCACCAGCACUUGGAAGAAGUCCAAGAGAAGCUGAGGAACGCCAGCCAACACGUCCGCCACUGGAACGUCCAACUGAACCGUCUGAUGAAGCCCAUCAGCCCUGGAGAACGUUUGGAACAUCGGCUCUCCUCAAAACACACGUGCCCCAAAAAGGAAGGGGCGCUGGCCAGCAACGAGUUCAUCUCCAAGUUCAAGAUCAGAGCCGGUCAAAACAGACCGACACCCGAGUACAAUGAGACGCUGGAGGAACAAAUGGAUGCGGCCAACCUAUCAGAUGAUUCAGACGACGUGCCUGCAGAAUCCAACGGAUCAAUAUGAUUUCACAUCUGCAGACAUUGGCGUUGUGGGGUGUUUAUGGUGACUCAUGAUGGCAUUGCCAUGCAACACAUUUUGGCAAAUUAGAUUUAUUUCAGUUUUUUUGUAUAAUAAAAUUUAUGGU